GGAAGAACUUGGACCUUGUUCGCAAAGGGCACGGAAUGAACACGACGGAAAGGGCAGCUACUGAAGAAACGUCCACUGAGGGACGGGGGGACGUAGAGUCAGUAACACCCACGCAACCGGCAGCAAAUGAGAACACCCCCCUGCUCUCCGGUGGCAGCAAUGCGGUUGCUGAUGGCGAAAGACCUCCGGUUGCAAAACCUGCACGCCUCUUGUACUUGGACCACAUCCGUGGUCUGCUCAUGAUCUUGCAGUCGAUUGAUCACUCUCGGCUUUUCUUGUCGCGCAUCGACAUUAAACACGAAGAAUGGUGGGAGAUGCCGGACUACCAUGGAUCUUUGUAUCACUGGUUUGUGCGCUUCCUGACGGCCAUCUGUGCACCAGGGUUCAUGAUGACCAUGGGAUCCAGCAUCUUGCUAUUCACAAUGAGUCGCUAUAAACUGGGUUGGCAUUGGUCUGCCAUCUUGAAACACUUUCUCACACGCGCGAUUGUAUUGAUCAUUGUGAACUCGAUUAUGUAUCCUUCGUGGAUGCUGGUAACGACUGUGCUAUUUGCCCUGGGAUUCGACAUGUUCCUUGGCUCUUGUGUUGUCGCAUUCGAGUCUUUGACCUCAGAACGUCUUGCAUCCUAUUUAUCGCGGACGCGCCCAGCACAAGACGCGUAUAAGAUGGCGGUCUCCGUAUCGAUCGCUGCCUACGGGAUUUCUGCAGCUGCUAUCACGUCACUCGCUAGCUUUUAUACGCCCAGCGUCGAACACGCGAACGACGAAACUAACUGGCUUUGGCGACUCUUGUUCUUGCCGCACCUGCCACCAAAGGAUGGAUGGCUAUAUAGUAUGUACCCACCAAUCCCUUGGUUUGGUAUGGUAUUAUGGGGAAUUGCCCUGCAACGUGCCGUAUCCGUUUUCAAGCUGAAGCCAAGAGACGUGGGAAUCGUGAACGCGGCAUUGGCUGUGGUUAUGUGGAUCAUUUUUAUUCCGAUUCGUUUGAAUGAAGGAUAUGGAAAUAUCAAUCCGGGGGAAUUGCAUCCUUCGCCGCGCCAUUCAUUUAUCAAUUUCUUUAACCUUACCAAGUACCCACCAUCGGUUGCAUACACAACUUGCACGCUCGGCAUCGUGCAUGCCCUAUGUGCAUUAUUUAUUCUCGCGGAAAUUAGAUUAAAGGAUACUAUAUGGGCUUCAGAUCGUAAUCCCCUCGUCGUUUUCGGUCGAUCUGCCUUCUUCUUCUACGUACUACACUUUUAUGUAUACCGGGGCUUCCGCCAGGUGCUUUCUCUUGUCGGCGUCAUAUCUGGCGGAUCGGAGUGGCAAGACCAAGAGUAUAAUCUCCCAGAUCCUUGGUAUUGGUUGAGCUGGGUGGUCGGCCUUGUCGUUCUUUAUUUUGCCUGCGAGAGAUAUGGCAGAUUCAAGGCGGGCACCUCACCCGAUUCUCUAUGGAGAUUGUUCUAAAAAUAAUGAAUAUAAUAAAAUAUUAUAUUGGGGUUUACGUUCGUUGCUUUCGACAAA